AAAAGACUUUACACUGUUGAAGUUAAUCAAACAAGAACCAAAUAAGAAGAAAAAAAUGGCAAAUGUCAAUGAGGAAGAGAAAGAAGAACAUUUUGACAUCCUGACUAAAACUGGUCUCAAAACUGGCAUCUCUAAACCCAGAAGUGCUGUCCACAGAGAUGGGGAUUAUCACAGAGGUGUUCAUGUAUGGAUUUUCGCUGAAAGCACGCAACAACUUCUUCUACAAAAGCGUACCGAUUGGAAGGAUUCAUGGCCUGGAUUAUGGGAUAUAUCAAGUGCAGGUCAUGUAUCUGCAGGGGAUACAUCUCUUAUCACUGCUAGGAGAGAGCUUCAAGAAGAGCUUGGUGUAACCCUCCCGAACGAUGCCUUUGAAUUGCUGUUCGUUUUCCUUCAAGAAAGUGUUACAAAUGGCGGAACGUUUAUCGACAAUGAAUUUGAUGAUGUUUAUCUCGUGACAACACCAGAUCCAAUUCCUUUAGAAGCUUUUACUCUACAGGAAUCUGAAGUUUCGGCUGUUAAGUAUAUAUCAGUUGAAGAGUACAAGCAGUUACUUGCUAAAGGAGACCCUCAUUAUGCACCCUACAAUGUAAAUGGACCAUAUGGUCAACUAUUCGACAUUAUUACCAAAAGGUAUCAGAACAACACGGAAGCACGGGCUUUGCUUCUGCAAACAAAGCUUAACCGUAAUGCUCCUGUCUCACUGACUGCAGAGUUGACUGGUUUGACCGAGGGGGACAAGGAAGCUCUGGCAUUACUCAUUCAAGCUGCAAAAGUAAUAGAUGAAAUUUUUCACCAGCAGGUUUGGCACAGCAAUUCAUCUUUAAGGGAUUGGUUAAACAAGCGUAGUCUGGUAUCUGAGUUGGACAUGUUAAAAUGGAAGUACUAUUUGAUAAACAAGACUCCAUGGUCACUUCUUGAUGAAAAUGAGGCAUUUUUGACAACCACGGACUCUGCUGUGAAGUUGCUUCCAGAAGCAACAAAGCCAGUGUGUGGCUGGAAAGGUCUUGAAUAUAAAGCUGCAUUUCCCCUUACAAAACCACUCAGUGCUAACUUCUACCCUCCUGAUAUGGAUAAAACGGAAUUUGAAUUAUGGAUUAAAGGACUUUCAGAAAAAGAAAAGAAGGAUGCGAUGGGCUUUUUCAGUGUUAUUAGAAGGCGUAAUGACUCUGAUUCCAGUAAUACCAGCGACCUCCAUAUCGUUCCUUACUCUAAAGAAUAUUCUGUCCUUCUUGCAAAAGCUGCUGAAUUAUUACAUAAAGCCGGGGAUCUGACCAGUUAUCCUAGUUUAAAGAGGCUUUUACAUAGCAAGGCUGAUGCUUUCCUCUCAAAUGACUAUUAUGACUCAGAUAUAGCCUGGCUGGAAUUGGAUUCUAAGUUGGAUGUUACCAUUGGGCCAUACGAGACAUAUGAAGAUGCUCUAUUUGGAUACAAGGCAACAUUUGAGGUAUUCAUCGGAGUUCAGGAUGAUGUAUCAAGUGCUCAAGUGAAACUCUUUGGUGAUAACUUGAAGGUUUUGGAAGAAAAUCUUCCAUUAGACAACAUGUACAAAUCACCAGAUGUGAUAGCGGCACCUCUUCGAGUCAUCAAUCUUGUUUACAACUCAGGGGAUGUGAAAGGAACUCAACCUGCUGCCUUCAAUCUUCCAAAUGAUGAGCGUAUAGUAAAAGAGCGUGGUUCAUCAAUGGUCAUGCUGAAGAAUGUUUCCGAGGCCAAGUUCAAGCUAAUUCUUCAACCUAUAGGUGACUUGUGCAUUAUAAAGGAACAACGAGAGCUAGUUGACUUUGAUUCCUUUUUUACUUUCAUUAUUUGUCACGAGUGCUGUCACGGAAUUGGACCUCAUACCAUAACACUACCGAGUGGUCAGAAGUCUACUGUGAGAUUGGAGCUACAAGAACUUCACUCGGGUCUUGAAGAAGCUAAAGCUGACAUUGUUGGCCUUUGGUCUCUUAAUUUCCUGAUAGCUAAGGGUAUGCUUCCAAAAACCCUUACAAAGUCCAUGUAUGUUUCUUUCCUUGCUGGAUGCUUUCGCUCAGUGCGUUUUGGGCUGAAAAAAGCUCAUGGCAAAGGACAAGCGCUACAGUUUAAUUGGUUAUUUGAGAAAGGUGCCUUUGUUUUGCAUCCUGAUCUUACAUUCUCGGUCAACUUUGAUAAGAUUGAAGAAGCAGUCGAGAGCUUAAGUAGGGAAAUACUCACCAUACAGGCCAAAGGCGAUAAGGUUUCAGCAAAAACGAUUCUUGACAAAUAUGCUCAAAUCACGCCACCUUUGAGCAUGGCUCUCGAAAAGUUGGCAAAGGUUCAGGUCCCAGUUGAUAUAGCAGCAGAUUUUCCAGUAGCUAACUUGCUGACCAAAACUUGAACUGCUUAUAUGGUCUUUCUGCAUCUUGCAACUAUCAAUGUACUUAACUAGUUUAUUACUAGAAGAAGUUUUUAUGUUAUGACUUAAGAGUGCAUUAACAAGUCGGAUUAGGCCGGUGAGCAAAAAAUGAUCGAAAACAUGAGGUAUGACGGUCGAAUGAAAACAUUCAUCAAUAAAGCACAUCGAUGUAUCUUUUCUUUGCUUAGUAAACAUGUUAAAUUUAGCUAUCUUGAUCAAAGAGGUGUUCGAGUUUACUUAUUUUAAAGCAUAUAUUCUCAGAAAAUAAAAAGGUUAUUCCAUAUCCAUAAUACCAUUUUGUGACAUGUUAUUAACAUAUCCUUCACGUUUUAUUUUUCAUCACAAGUCAUGAUCUUAUAUUAGAAUUAGAAGCAUCAUACUCCCAUAGUAGUUGGGUGGGGAUAAGAUGUGUCCAUUUUUUAUUUGUCAUAUUGCGUGUAUUCAAUGUAAGAUGAAAAGAAUGCGUCAAGUGGUACUAGAGUCAAAAGUGGUGGGUGGUAGUGUGCCAGAUUAGUGGGUAGCAAUAUCCAAUUAGAUCCCUUUUUUGUGGCUCACAAUUAAAGUAUAUUGUAAAUUAUUGGCUUUAAGUUUCUGGCAAUACAUUACUAACAUGCUCACCAAAAUACAUACAAUGUUCAUUCUAGGUUGUUCAAGUUCUUAAACUAUUCCCUGAGGCUCUUCUUCUUGAUCCUAUUUUUAUUCACCUUCAAAAUGAAUUCUGUCACGAAACACUUUGAACACCUCAAGAUACCACUAGAAGAUAUAAAAUCAGCAACGAAUAAUUUCGCCGAUAGCAAUUGCAUCGGACAAGGUGGAUUUGGGAAGGUGUACAAAGGGCAACUCCUCCUUUCUGGAGGGAAUAACGUGGUUGCUAUAAAGCGUUUAGAUCGUGCAUUUGGGCAAGGAAAUCCAGAGUUUUGGAAAGAGAUUACUAUGCUUUCCAUUUAUAAGCAUAAAAAUAUUGUAUCCCUUCUCGGAUUUUGUGAUGAAAAUGACGAGAAGAUACUUGUAUAUGAGUAUGCAUCUAAAACCAGCUUGGACAAGUAUCUGAAUAGCAAUGAUCUAACGUGGGUUCAACGCCUUAAGAUAUGCAUUGAUGCAGCUCGUGGGCUAGCGUACUUUCAUAAUCCGGGCGGUUCUCAACAAAGAGUAUUACACCGUGAUAUUAAAAGUUCUAAUAUCCUACUAGAUGACAACUGGAACGCUAGGAUCUCAGAUUUAGGUUUGUCCAAAUUUGGUCCCGCUGAUCAAAAAUACACUUUUCUUCUUUCCAUCCCUGUGGGCACAAUAGGGUAUUGUGAUCCGUUAUAUGUGGAGACAGGGUUACUAACUAAAGAGUCGGAUGUUUACUCCUUUGGUGUGGUUUUGUUUGAAGUCUUGUGCGGUAGGUUGUGUGUUGACAUCAACAAUGAAAAACGUCAACCUUUCACAGGAUUGGUGCGAAAGUCCUACAAAAAGGAUAACAUAGAUGAAAUUAUAUAUGUUAAUAUAAAAAAGGAAAUAAAUCCUUAUUCUUUAAAGGAAUUUACGACGAUUGCUUAUCAAUGUUUGAAGAGAGACCGAGAAGAACGUCCAUUAAUGACCAAGGUCGUGGAAAUGCUUGAAAAUGCACUAAAAUAUCAACUGCCUCUAUAUCACACAACUCAUGAUGUUGGUUCUUCGGCUUCUUUUGAAGAAAGACCGUUAUUGAAGACCCAAAGUAAGGUUAACUUCCCUAUAAUGGCUAAUAUGCAGAUGCAGGGUCCAACAGAUAUGCAAGGUAUGCAGCAACAACAACAACAAUAUCCAUUCGCGCCUCUGAGAAAACAAUGAUAUAUUUACUCGUACGUAGUAGAUGGAAUAUUUUCAGAAAGACCUCAAGUAAGAAAUAUGCAAGGCCCAUCACCAAAAACGUGUUGUGAAUGCAUUAUAUCAUAUAUUUUUUAGCUUCAUUUAAUUAUACUCUGUAAUUAUUAUCAUAAAUUCUCUCACUUGACGAAAAUUGUUACUUAAAGGUCUACUUUAAAGAUUUAAUAUAUACGAGAAGCUAGAGGAUAUGUGUUGCUUCAGUACGUUUCAAACAGCAAGCAAAAUGAUAAAGCUCAACCGGAUUAGUUACUACGAAUAACAUUGUUUAUUUUAUUGAUGUUCAAGUGAAGUUUAUGGACUUAAUUAAACUCCUUCAUACUCUAAUCCCCAACUUUAAUUCCCAAAUGUCUAAUUUGUAUAUGUA